UCCUCUGACGUAAGAACAUACGGGUUCCUGCACAUUUAGUGUUUAAAUUGUGUGUGUGUGUGUGUGUGUGUGUGUGUGUGUUUUGGCGGGUCAGCACAGGAGGGCUGGUCCCUGCUCUGGAUCGUCAGAGGGAGCCGGAUUACAUCACCGCCCUGCUGGAUAUUUGGGUGCAGUCCGCGGCGCCUUCACUUUGGCUGCAGAGGACCAGAGGCAGCGGGAGCCGCUGCGCCAACAUGCGGACUGAGAGCAGCGACCUGCGGGGCGCGGAGCUGUCUCACCGGGACACUGAGUCUGGAUCUUCUGCAGCGGGGACCCGGGUCAUGGGCCGUGAAGUUACGUGGGGAAGUCCUCGUCCUGCUGCCUCUCCCUCGGCCUGAUCUGGCAGCAGCGUCUGGAAGUUGCUGAGAAGUUUUGGAGCGCGUCGCGCCGCGGUUUGUCCCCCGGUGCGAGCCGCGCGUCUGCUGCGCGCUCUCGGCUCAGACUUGGAUUUGUUCCCCGCAGACGCGCAGAGGGAAACCCGGGGCGCCCCCGGUUCGUUCUGGGAGGAUUGUGACUGAGUCGCACUCGGGACGCGCCGCCUACAGAGGAGAUGGAUAACUCCUGUUAUUUCUGGGCUGUGUUUAUGCUCGUACUGUCUCUGGGCUUCAGGAUAGAGGAGGGCAUGUGCCAACACUACUUUCUCUUCCGUCCCAUUCCCAGCGAUACUCUGCCCGUAGUGGACCUAAAGGAGGACCCGGAUCCGGUGCUGGACCCUAAGGAGAAGGACUUGAACGAGACGGAGCUCAGGAGCAUUCUGGGCAGCCACUUCGACCCGCAGUUCAUGUCCGUCCCCCCGCCGGAGGACAGAUACGCGGGGAACGAUGAUGCGAACGACCCUGAGAUGCGGCAGAAGCUCUCCGGAGCCAUGCCCAAAGAGAUCCGGGCCAUGGAGUUCGAGGUCCAGCACGGCAAGAAGCAGAAGCCGAGCAAAAAGCUCCGGAGAAGGCUGCAACUGUGGCUGUGGUCCUACGCCUUCUGCCCGGUUGUUUACGCAUGGAACGACCUGGGCAGCAGAUUCUGGCCGCGCUACGUGAAGGUGGGGAGCUGCUACAAUAAGCGGUCUUGUUCGGUCCCUGAAGGGAUGGUGUGCAAACCUGCCAAAUCCACUCACUUUACGAUCCUGCGAUGGCGCUGCCUGCAGAAAAAGGGGGGCCUGAAAUGCGCCUGGAUACCGGUUCAGUAUCCCAUUAUAUCAGAGUGCAAAUGCUCCUGCCCGAACUGAAGCCGCGCUGUGGCUCUGACUCAUACGAAGCAUCAGCUCAUUACUGUUGUACACAAACUCCAAAACACUCUGAUCAGACCGAUCACGUGACUGAAUGUAAAUGUGAUGUACAUGUUUUUAUUUUAUCACAGAACUUUGUAUAAAGCGGAGGCUCAGUAUUAUUAAUAUAAUCAAUCUGUUGUAUUUGUUUAAUGUAUCUGAUCGUAUCUGUUCAUAUUUAUAACGCUGAUCCUGGAGCAGGUUUGAGGCCGUUUUCUGACAGUAACGUGAAGGUGUGCGCCUCUGCCGGGAAGCACGAGGAGCUCUGCUCCAAACUGCCGCGCGAGAACCGGCGUCUGAGGCCGUUUGGACCCGAGCUCCUCAUGAACCCGUCUCAUCUUCAGAUGCUGUAAAAUAAAAAGGGACAGCUGGUCCAUAAACCACGCGCACUCACGCUGUGUCGGUUUAUUUAUUCUUAAUAACAACAGGUUUAUUUAUGUUUUCAUGUCAGAGCACGAACACCUGUACCACACCUGUACCACACCUGUACAACACCUGCAGGGUCUCCAGUCCGGUUACAGCUGCAGCGCAGGCAGAAACACUCGGUCUGUCUGGUACCAGGUUUAUUCCUCACGUCUUUAUGUUCAAGCAGCAUUUCACUGUUUUGAUUUCUGCUGAUUAUUUUCUUGAUUAAUCGACCGAUUGAUUGAUUGAUUGAUUGAUUGAUUGAUUGAUUGGUUUGUAGACGGGGGAUAAAUGUGGCCUCGGUGACCCUGAACCUCAGGAUGAUUAAAAACAAACUCAUUAAAAUAAUCCGGAGGAGAAAGUUCAGAGGUUUCUGACAUGUUGUAUGUUACAUGUAUGUAAACAGGGUGAAGAGGGAAACAGUUCAAAU